AUGGGGACAAAGCUAAGCUGGUGCUUCUUCGUGGCCGUGGUUCUGGUCGUGGUAGCGUUGUUACCCGAACCAACCAUGGCUGGUCGUCUAGAGCUAAAGAACGAAAUCUUAGGGGUGUCUAAUGUCCGGAAAGCAAAGCUGGCCGUGCGGUGCUGGUCCAACGAGGACGACCUAGGAUGGGACAUGCUAAAGCCGAAGCAAUCGCGGGUAUGGGAAUUCACGACAAUGAACAUGUGGCCGUUCCAGAAAACCGAGUUCCGGUGCCAGUUUAGGAGCGGGUUCGGAACAACGAACGAAAAUGUAGUUACGGUGUUCUCAGUCAAGGGCGGGUUUCGAAAGGAGUGCGGAGAAGGAGGUGAUGAGUGCAUUUGGGUAGCGAAAAGAGAUGGAUUCUAUCAAAGAAGGAUCGUAAGGAAUAAGGCUAGUCGCAAGGGCUUUGUUGAUGUCCUGAAAAGUAAAUGGGUUUGGAAAUGGUGA